GCCUAAAUCUGAUUGUCAAAAGUCAUCGCUAAUUAUGAACGACUGCAUCUCAAGCCAGUCCUAUGAUGUUCUCAACUAUUUAUUAGUCAAUUCACUCAUUGAUAUCAAUGCUGUUGUCGAUCAGUACGGAUGGAAUGCCUUCCAUAAAGCCGUCUAUAAUAAAGACAUCGAUCUAAUAGUUUUGCUCAUCAAAUAUGAAAUAAAGAUAAAUGUGGUGGAUAUUAACGGAAACACACCCUUUCACAUACUAUUCCAGUCCACAACACAUCAGUUGACAACUGAUCGCAAGACUUUUGCAGAUUUUGGACCCGAAAAUCACUACUCGAUAGUCAUAUUAAAGCUAAUGCUCUACUAUUGCAAGUCACAAAACAUUCAUAUAAUCAAUGAGCGCAACCUAUUUGGUAAAACUGCUUUGCAUUACGCUGUGGUCAACAUUGGAUCCGUUGACACAAUGUUGUCAUUGAUAUCACUUAUGAUGGAAAGCGGUUGUAAUCCCGACUCCAGAGACCGACUCAACCGAACGCCUCUAUUCUGUCUCUUUAACGAGCAGUCGAUAUGCGAGCGAAACAAACGCCUUCUAGGAGUAAUUGUGGCCCAAUUCUUCGGACACACACAUUAUGAUGAGUUUCGGGUCUAUUACUCAAACAGUGACUGCAAUAAAGUGACCGGUUUUGCACUCAUUAGCCCCAGUGUCACACCAUAUGACGCUACCGUAAAACUUAAUCCCGCAUAUCGUAUAAUCAAGUGUAAAGAUAACGGAAUAAUUCAGGACAUCGAGACCUAUACACUUGACUUAAGGCGAGCUAAUAGUUUAAAUGAGUUGAGCCCCGACUGGAACUUUGAGUACUCGAUGGCCAAUGACUACUCCAUGCAAUUCAUUGUAGCUCGAGUGCACUUCAAUACCAUAACUAAUAACUAUUAA